AUGAUAGAUGCUUUAUAUAUUUUUUUUAUAAGUGGGCAGUUAUUAAUACAGAGAAAUUAUAGAAAUGUAACAAGAAAAAAUGAUUUAAGUUAUUAUAUAAACAAAUAUAUUAAAACAAAAAGAUUUUUUGAACAUCCUAUAAUAGAAAUAAAUAACGUAUUUUUUCUAAAUGUGAGUAUUAACGAAAUUGUUAUAACCGUUUCGACAAGAAGUAAUUCAAAUAUAUGUUUGAUUUUUAAUUUUAUAUAUAAAUUUAUAGAAAUAUUAAAUUAUUUUUUUAAUAAUGAAAUAUCAGGAAUAAACAUUGUCAAUAAUUUUGUUCUUAUAUAUGAAAUAUGCGAUGAAAUAAUAGACUAUGGAUAUCCACAAACGUUAGAAGUAAAUAUUUUAAAAAAUAGUUUACUUAAUAAAGUGAAAUAUUAUAGUAGGACUUCGAAAUAUUUUCAGAAAUUAUCAAGUGAACUUAGAAACGCAAAUAGUUUAAUUGAAGAUAUUGUACACGAUACAAAUAUACAAAACCAGAAUGAAACUCUACAUAUGAAAUAUUACAAUGCAAAUAACAAAGAUAGUUAUAAAAAAAAUAGUAUAAAAAAUACAAAGAGCUAUGAUUUAAAUGAGAAAAAUAAAUUAAAAUAUAUAGGUAAAGAAACGUUAAAUAGAAUUAAAAACAAAAUUAUAAAUAAUAAUAAACCCACAAAUAAUUUUAAUUAUAUAACAGGUAAUUGUACUUGGAGAAACAAUAAUAUAUAUUAUAAAAAAAAUGAAAUAUAUAUAGACAUAGUGGAGAUAUUAAAUGUAACAAUAAAUAGCAAUAAUUUGAUGUAUGCACACAUAAAUGGCAAAGUGACGUUAAAGUGUUUCUUGUCCGGUAUGCCUAUAUGUGAGCUAAGUACAAAUAAUAAAAUUAAUUUGUUAACAAAUAGUCAUAAUAGUAACUUUAACAGCAACAGUAUGAACAACAAAAACGAUAACACGAGUAGCGGUAAAAAUAUAAUGAAAAUUAAGUCAAAUCAAACUAAUAGUAGAAGAAAAAAUGCGAAUGAUGAAAAAGAAAAUGAGGAUAUUAUUAUUGAUAAUUGCAUAUUUCAUCAUUGUGUAACACUCUCUAAAUAUGAAAAUAGUAAACUUAUUACUUUUACACCACCUGACGGUUCAUUCGAAUUAAUGAGAUAUACAAUUACUAAAAAUAUACAAAUACCAUUUCAUAUUGUUGCUAUUUAUAAUCCUAUACUUCAAUAUUCUAAAUCAUUAGGUAGGAAAUUUUCCUUGAAAAUGUUAACAAAUAAUAACAAAAAUAUAUAUGGAGAAUAUAAAAAUUCAAACAGAUAUGAAUAUGCUGUUACCAUUAAAUCAAAUUAUAAAGGAAAUAUGCAUGCUGCUGAUGUUGUUAUAAAAAUACCGAUUUAUAAAUUCUCAGAAAAUGUACAAGUUAAAUAUAAAUCAAUUGGAAAAACUGAAUUUAAUAAUAUUGAAAGUAUUGUCACUUGGAGAAUUAAAAAAUUUUCUAGUUCUAGUGAGCAUCAUAUCAAAAUACACUUAACGUUAGAAAAUCAAAACCAAAUAUACUCAAAUAUGAAUAAUACGCAAAAAGUAGAUGACCUUUCCAAAGUAGUAUUACAAGUACAUAAAGUUAAAAAUAUGAAUACUGUGAAAUUUUUAAAUACGUACAAAUUACCAAUAACACUAAGUUUUAAAAUUCCUAUGUUUACCUCCAGUGGUAUGUAUAUAAGGUAUUUAAAGGUUUUUGAAAAAUCGAAUUAUAAAAUAAUUAAGUGGAUAAAAUAUUUAACGGAGUCGGGUAUAUAUCAAUAUAAAUGA